UUCACUGAUGAACCAGAGGAGGACUGUGACUCUGUUGAUGAAUAACAUACUUGACACACACACACACAAUAUCUUAAGUUUUUAUCACAAUCCUUAUUUCAUAAUGUUACAACUAUGGCAUCAAUUGUCACAUUUAACUUCUUGUGUUUGAGACUAAACCAUUUUCAGUUUGUGUUGCAGAGAUAACAGCUGCAUCAUUUAAUAGCAGACACACGUCGCUAGUUUGCAUCACAUUUUGAAUGCAUUGGUUUUAAAAAAGCUCCAAGCUACAGACAGAAAUGUCAAAAGUGUGACAACCAUCCUCGGUCUCCCCUAUUAAGUCAGUUUACAGUCAAACACAUGAGACAUAAAACUGAAUCACAGCGUUGAAACCAAGAUUUUACCAAAAUAUGUAAAAAUAACAGAAAAGUUUUAAUUGUUGGGCUGCGAUUUUUUCAUCAAUCAAUCUGCCAAUGAUUUUCUCGUUUAGUCAAUAAAAUGUCCGAAAAUAUACAAAAAUUGCCUUUUUAAUUUACCUGAGUCCGAGGUGUCGUCUUCAAAUUACUUGUUUAUUCUGACCAACGAUCCAAAACCCUCAAAAUAUUUAUUAACAUCUUAUAUGACAAAAAAGCAGCAACUCCUCACAUUUAUGGAGCUGAAACCAGAUGAUGGAAAAUUUACUGAAACCAACUAAUCAUUGCGCUACUGUUAUGGAAGCUCAUUACAUUAAUAAAAAUAUUAAUUUUAAGGCAACAUUAUAAGAUGCUACAUCAAAAAUGUGACUUUUUAUCCUGUAAUUUGAUUCAUAAAUAUCAAAUUUUGCUGCAUUAAAGAGAAAAUAUAUCUGUUAGGUUUUGUCUUGAUUAUUCCUGCUGAAGUCACAGAACCAAACACAAUCAAUUUAUCAUGAAUAAUCGUUCAUAAAGAGUUAAUAAAUGGUUUAUAACUCUCUAUAAUGUAGUUAUAAGCAGAUAUAAGUGUUUAUGAAUGUAUUCAUCAAUAGCUAUAACUCCUCCCAGGACAGUUGCUGCUGUAUAAACAGAUCAUUAAUAAUAUAAUAAAACACAACUGUAAUAAUAUAAAAUGUCUUCAUGACAAAUAGUGAACAUUUAUAAACAGAUAUAAGAACACUGAUGUCUUCAUAUCUGCUUAUAACUACAUUAUAGUGAGUUAUUAACUGUUUAUAUGCUGAUUAUUGAUGAUUAAUAGACAUUGAUCCUCCUAAAAACAUUCAGCAGGUUCAAAGAAAAUGUUAAAAUCAGGUUUAUUAAAAUGUUUUGGAAACAACAGAUUUUACCAGACGACUCAUCACCAGGUUUCUGCCCACCUGGAGGGGUCCUCCUGCAGCUCCUCAUGUCGGGGUCUCAGGUGUCUCAGGUGGGUCCUGGUCUCUUCCUGAGCGGUCUGGACUCGGCUCUGAACCUCAGCGUGUUGUCCAGCAGGAGCGUCUCUCUCAUCAUUAACUCCAGUGGGCUGGAGGACGUUUCCUACCCGCAGUUGGAUGGCCUGCAGGUCCUCCAUGUCCCCGUCCAGGACCGACCUCACGCCCCGCUGGGACGGUACUUCGACCUCGUGGCGGAGCGGAUCCACCAGAACCGGACGGGGACGACUCUGGUUCACUGCAGCGCCGGCAGGAGCCGGUCCCCGUCUCUGAUCAUGGCCUACCUGAUGAGGUUUGGGGGUCUCAGCCUGCGUCGGGCUCAUGAACAGGUUCUGGAGCAGCGGCCGUUCAUCCGACCGAACGCUGGUUUCUGGAGGCAGCUGAUGGACUACGAGAGGAAGCUGUUCGGCAGGAACUCGGUCCGGAUGGCGAUGACGUCCGGCGGAGUCCUGCCUGAAGCUCUGGAGGACACGAACACCACGGCGGCGUACUGCGUCAACAUCUGAACGACCACAAACUAAUCAGACAUUAAACACUCUCAUCGUUUUGUUUCUUCCCUCUGAGCUGCAGCGGAAACAGCUGAAUGUUUCCACACCUGCAAACUUCACUCACAAUGUGGCAGAAAAAGCAAAUUCUUUGCUUCUUGUUUGUCAGUAAGAGAUUUAGAUACUUCAGUGAUGUCGGGAUUAUUCUGUUUGACAGUUAAAGGUGUAAAACAACAAACUCAAGUCGGUGUUUUCUAUUUUUUAAUGAAAAGAAACGUCCAGAAACAUGUGGCUACCUGAUAAAAACUGUUUUUAAAAAACAUCCUUUUAACUCUGUUUUCUAAAUCCUCCAUCAGUUUGUCUGAAUGAUGUAUUUGUGCAACUGUUACACAAAUAUUUAAGUUUAAAAUGUUAAAUUCUGUAAAUAAGAUUAAACAGAUGCUGCUGUUCAAAGUCCAAA